AUGAGCGUGUAUACCGGAAUACCUCCUCCUUUUGGAACACCUACUCCGAUUACAAGCAAAAGGUUUAAACCUAUUGAAACAUGCGAUAAUUGCAAACAACGUAAAGUAAAGUGCGAUAAAGAGCGUCCUCAAUGUGGUACUUGUCGUAAAUCUAAACGAGAAUGUAGAUAUGAUCUUUCUGCUUCGUCAAAGCGUGGGAGACCAAAAAGCGAAAUAGAAAUUUUACAAGAACAAAUUGAGGAUAUUCAAAGUAUACAGUUCCAGCAGUUGAAUCAAGUGGGAUCUCUAUUAAAAAUGGCCGUAUCUCCUGGCUUUCAAGGAACAAUGCCUAUGGGUGGUGAUAAUAUCGCUACAGGAACGAAUUUUCCUAUGCCCGAUCAAAUGAAUGAAAAUCUUCCUAACGACGGAGUAUGGAACAAUUUUUAUUCACCCAUGAUAGGAGAAGGAAGUCCUCCACCAAGUUUAAAUCUAGAAUUCUCAGAAGAAGUGUUAAUGUCUUUAGCGGAACUUAAACCUCCCAUACCAGAUUUACCAGUACAGGAAAUUCCAAUUACUGUUCCAAUGAUGUACGGCAUAGAUUUAAGUAAUACAUCACAAGAUCCUGUGGAUCAACUUGCUGAAAAAUUUGAGUCCACCUUAUAUGUAGGCCCAGCAUCUCUAAUAACACCAUAUGAUGAUGAAGAACAAAUCAUACCACAAGAUGAUUUAUAUGAUUUAUCUUUAGUUGACAAUCAAUUAAAAAUUUUACCAAUUAAAGAAAUUGUAGAAAGUUUGAUUGAUGUCUAUUAUCAAACUGUAUAUCGACAUUAUCCUCAUUUAAAGAAAAAAACUGUGCUUGACUGUUAUAAUGAAUUAUCAAGGCCACAACAUUUUCUUUUACUUAAUAGUAUUUUUUUCGCAGCUUCUCCAUUUCAUCCAGACAAGAUUUUAAGUGAUCGAGGGACUUAUUACGAGAGAGCAUUAGCAUUACUACAACUCCAUUGUCUUAAAACUCCACACGUCUUAACUGUUGUUAGUUUGUUCAUACUUGGACUUCAUGUUAGAGCGACAGGAACUGUAUGGAUAUUAAAUGGAAUAGUAUCCAAAAUGAUAUACGAAUUAGGAUUACAUCGAAAAGUCAAGCAUAAUCUGAUUAGUGACGAAGUUAAAGAAUUGAGAGAUAUGGCAUUUUGGGGGUUCUUUGCUUCUGAAACUUGGGUUUCAGCUUGUUAUGGUCGUCCAAGCGCUAUAGAUGAAUCUACAUGCGAUGUUGAUCUCCUUCCAAUACCGCCUGAUCAAAAUCCAGAUGAAGAAACACGAUUGCAUAUAGCUUGGAUCUUACAUAUUAAUUUAUUACGAAUUUUUGCUCAAGUUCGAAAAUAUUUAUACGGUUGGUCAAAAAUUGCUGGUACUCCUCGAGAGGAAAAUCAAUUUCGUUUUUUAGAUGCAACAUUAGGAAAAUGGUUUUAUACUUUACCACAUUGGUUAAAAUUUGAAGAAAUGGCACAAGAUCCGAAAGGAAGCUUAUUAGGUGCAAUUGGAGGGGAAACGCAUACUCUUUUCUGGACAGUACUAAUUCUUCUUCAUAGUCGCAAUCUUACCAUGUUCACUUCAAAUCAUCCAAUAGAUGAUUCUUUAAGAUUAUCUUCUCAAACUAUUUGUGUUCAUGCUGCAAUAAUUCUUCUCCAUUGCCUUGAUGUGCUUAUUAACACUGUACCAGAUUUUUAUGAACAAACUUGCACUGCACUUUUUUCGUUUGCACCUGCCAUACGUGUAUUAACAUGGACUGCUCAACGCGGUGAUUCGAAAGCAGCUCUUAUGGUACAAAGAUUAAAAGAGAUUAAAAAGGAUGUUGCAGAAAUUGCAAGGCGAAGAUUUGUUGAUCAACCCACAGGUGAAGGUAGAUUAGAUGGUGAAGAAAAAUUAAAAGGAAAUUUAAACAAUUUGAAGGCGUAUGAGGAACAUGUGAUGUAUGAUUCUGAACAACAAAAGGAUAAUUUGUACGUUAAUAACAAAGAUAAGAAAUAUCGAAAUUCUCCUUUACCGCAAUAUCCUAUUGGCGGGGAUCAACAAAUUUUUCAAAAUUUUCAACAAUCGACUAAUGAUGAUUCAAUUGUUCAAAAUAUUUUUUAUGAUUCUACUUCAUCUCCAAACACUACUUCUACCUCCAUUUUUACAAGCCCUGCAAUGUCGUCGCAAAGUCCUGAUUUAUCUUAUCAACAAACACAUAUGCCCAUUUUUAACAACAAUAACUUUAAUUUCAAUAAUCAAUGA